ACUUUCACAUUCAUCAACCAAUAGAAAAAAUGACAAGCCAAGUCGAAAGCAUACUAGAGCCAUGGCACGAUCUGAACGGAAAGGUGGUGUUCGUGACCGGAGCAUCAUCUGGAAUUGGCAAAGAAUUCUGUCUUGAUUUAGCGAGAGCGGGUUGCAAGAUAAUCGCUUCUGCUCGGCGGAUUGAUUUACUCAAAUCCCUUUGUGAUGAAAUUAAUAGAAUGGACAUUUCUUCUGGAUCUGAAUCUCAAUCUGUAGCUGAAGGUGUACCCAUUCGGGCUUUUGCAGUGCAGCUGGAUGUCAGUGCGGAUGAGGCCACCAUCAAGGCGGCAGUUAAAAAGGCGUGGGAAGCAUUUGGGCGUAUUGAUUCUUUGAUAAACAAUGCUGGAAUCUCAGGUGAACCUCGUAACCCACUGGAAUUUGAAGAGGAAAAAUGGAACUAUAUCUAUAGGACAAACCUAACAGGGUCAUGGUUGGUGGCAAAGCAUGUUUGUAAGUACAUGCGUGAUGCUAAAUGUGGUGGUUCAGUGAUCAAUAUUUCAUCGAUUGCGGGUACUAAUCGUGUUUUUCUGCCCGGAGGAGUGGCAUAUGCGUCUUCAAAGGCAGCCGUUAAUACCAUGACAAAGGUGAUGGCAAUGGAAUUGGGAACCGACAACAUAAGAGUGAACUGCAUAAACCCUGGAAUUUUCAGAACUGAGAUCACCGAAGGACUAGUAGAUAAGACAUGGUUCAACAAUGUGGUUUUGAAGACAAUUCCUUUGAAAACCCUUGGCACGAUUAAUCCAGCCUUGACAUCUCUUGCACGAUAUUUGAUCCAUGAUUCUUCGUUAUAUGUUACAGGAAGUUGUUUCAUUGCGGAUGCUGGUACCAGCUUGGCAACAAUUCCUAUUUUCUCAUCACUUUAAAUUAACAUUUUUCCCAACUCUUGUAAAAUGUAUGUUCUAAGUUGGAUUAUGUCAUAAUUUUGCAACAAAGCAUUUUUUAAUGUUCUCAUUAUCACUUUUCA